AUGGUGGUGGUGAUUCUGCUGGUAUUGAGGGUGGUCGUGGAUGUGGUGGUGGUGGUUGUGGGUUGUGGUAGUAGUGCUAAUGGUAGUGGUAGUGAUGGUGGUACUAGUGGGGUGGUGGGGGUGGAGUUAAUGGUUGUUGUGAUGGUGGUGGUGGUGGAAGUGGUGGUGGUGGUUGUGGUCGUCGCGGUUGUGAUGAUGGUCGUGGUGGCGGUGGUGGUGGUGGUUGAGGUGGUGAUUGUGGUGGUGAUUGUGGUGGUGGUGGUGGUGGUUGUGGUGGUUGUUCCACUUGUGUGUGGUGGUGGUCUUCGUGCGGGUGGUGGUUAUGGUGGUGGUGGUGGUGGUGGUGGUGGUGGCGGUGGUAGUGGUGGAGGUGGUGCCGUUGUUGGUGGUUAUGGGGUGGCCGUGGUUGCGGUGGAGGUGGUGGUGGGGGUGGUGGUCGUGGGUGUAGCAGUGGUGGUGGUGGGUUGUGGUAGCGGUGGUGAUGGUGGUGGUGGCAGUGGCCGUGCAGGGGGUGGUCGUGGUGGCCGUGGUGGUUGUAAUUAUGGUAGUGUUAGUGGUUGUGGUGGUGGUAGUCGUGGAGGCGGUGGGUCUUGUUGUGCUGGUGGGUGUCAUGGUCGUGGGGGUGGUGGUGGUAGCUGCUAUGGGGGUGGCCGUGGUGGUGGUGGUGGUAGCUGUUGUGGGGGUGGCCAUGGUGGUGGUGGUGGUGGAUUAUAG